AUGGGCGAUGUGAUGCAGGAAUCCUUUGCUCUUAGUCGUCAAGGAGCAAUAUAUCGUCAGUUAUUAAAACAUCUUUCUCCCUACCAUAACGCACUGCUACGGCCUCUCAGCAGCAGCAGUACAAACCAUGACACCCUUCUACGGCCUCUCAGCAGCAGCAGUACAAACCAUGACACCCUUCUACGGCCUCUCAGCAGCAGCAGUACAAACCAUGACACCCUUCUACGGCCUCUCAGCAGCAGCAGUACAAACCAUGACACCCUUCUACGGCCUCUCAGCAGCAGCAGUACAAACCAUAACGCCCUGCUACGGCCUCUCAGCAGCAUCAGUAAAAACCAUGACACACUGCUACGGCCUCUCAGCAUCAGUACAAACCAUGACACACUGCUACGGCCUCUCAGCAUCAGCAGUACAAACCAUGACAAACUGCUACGGCCUCUCAGCAUCAGCAGUACAAACCAUAACGCACUGCUACGGCCUCUCAGCAGCAGCAGUCCAAACCAUAACACACUGCUACGGCCUCUCAGCAGCAGUAGUAAAAAACAUGACACACUGCUACGGUCUCUCAGCAGCAGCAGUACAAACCAUAACGCACUGCUACGGCCUCUCAGCAGCAGCAGUCCAAACCAUGACACACUGCUACGGCCUCUCAGCAGCAUCAGUACAAACCAUAACACACUGCUACGGCCUCUCAGCAGCAGUAGUAAAAACCAUGACCCCCUGCUACGGUCUCUCAGCAGCAGCAGUACAAACCAUAACGCCCUGCUACGGCCUCUCAGCAGCAGCAGUAAAAACCAUAACACACUGCUACGGCCUCUCAGCAGCAGUAGUAAAAACCAUGACACCCUGCUACGGCCUCUCAGCAUCAGCAGUACAAACCAUAACGCACUGCUACGGCCUCUCAGCAGCAGCAGUCCAAACCAUAACACACUGCUACGGCCUCUCAGCAUCAGUACAAACCAGGACACACUGCUACGGCCUCUCAGCAGCAGCAGUAAAAACCAUAACACACUGCUACGGCCUCUCAGCAGCAGUAGUAAAAACCAUGACACCCUGCUACGGCCUCUCAGCAUCAGCAGUACAAACCAUAACGCACUGCUACGGCCUCUCAGCAGCAGCAGUCCAAACCAUAACACACUGCUACGGCCUCUCAGCAGCAGUAGUAAAAACCAUGACACACUGCUACGGCCUCUCAGCAGCAGCAGAACAAACCAUAACACACUGCUACGGCCUCUCAGCAUCAGUACAAACCAUGACACACUGCUACGGCCUCUAAGCAUCAGUACAAACAAUGACACACUGCUACGGCCUCUUAGCAGCAGUACAAACCAUGACACACUGCAACAGCAUCUCAGCAGCAGCAGUACAAACCAUGACACACUGCUACGGCCUCUCAGCAUCAGUACAAACCAUGACACACUGCUACGGCCUCUAAGCAGCAGCAAUACAAACCAUAACACACUGCUACGGCCUCUCAGCAGCAGUAGUAAAAAACAUGACACACUGCUACGGUCUCUCAGCAGCAGCAGUACAAACCAUAACGCCCUGCUACGGCCUCUCAGCAGCAGCAGUAAAAACCAUAACACACUGCUACGGCCUCUCAGCAGCAGCAGUACAAGUCAUAACACUAUGUGA